AUGGACUGGGCAACACUCUCUGUGGUCAUUGACUUGGCGCUGGUCGACGCCACGGACGUGGGCGUCGAGGCUGUCGCGCCGGCAAGUGAUGCCGAAAUGGCGACGAUCACACAGCACGUCACGCAACUCGGUGAGCUCUUGCGGACCGUCGACGGGAUGGUCGCCAGCGAUCUCGGGGCUGGUGUUCAUGAUGGUGCGGUGCACGACGAGGCGGCUGCAUUUGCUCAUCGCUUGACAUCCGUUCGCACGUUGCUGCAAGCUCGCCUCGAUGUCGGCGUCGCCUGUUGCGUGUGUCUCCACGUCCAGCCCUCGGCGUUCACGGCGCCGUGCCAGCACGAGCACUGCUUGCCGUGCUUGAGAGCGCUCCUUCUCUCAGCCACGGACGACGUAACGCGCCUCCCGCUUGCAUGCUGCCAGCAGCCAUGGGACCUCGACGCCAUCGCGCGCACUCAGGCCUUGUGCCAAGACGCGAUGCAGCGGCUGCGCGACCGCACGGAAGAAGCGACGGCGGAUCGACCGGUCUACUGCCCCAACACGGCGUGCGCGAUCACGUUUGUGAGCGCGCGGUACCUUGUGGGCACCGGGAGCUCGGUCGUGUGCCCAGGCUGUCGUCGCCGCAUCUGCGUCUUAUGCUCGCGCCGCAUGCACGAAGGGACGUGCGACGCCGAGGCCGACGCCUCCUUGAACGCACUCGGCGCCCGGGAGGGCUGGCAGCGCUGCCCACAUUGUCGCCGCAUGGUCGAACUCGUCGACGGCUGCAACCACAUGACGUGCAUUUGCCGCACCGAGUUUUGCUACGUUUGCGCCGGCCGCUGGAAGACGUGUGGCUGUCCGCAUUGGCACGAGGCGCGCUGGUUGGCGGCCGCUCGACCGCAGCGCGCUGUUCCGCAGGCUCGUGGCGCACAGCGAAUCGGCGGUGGUGCACGAGCCGAGCGGCCACGCCGUCCACCAGGCGCGAUCCAGCAAUGGUUUGAUAAUUUACACUUGGGCUAA